UUACCGAAUGCAUUACCGGAAGUUAGAGAAGCGACAUGUUUUCAACGAGCAUGUGAAUGUUUUGUUUCUUAAUAAAGCACAGUAUUAGUAUAUAUUUCACACCUUAGCAAUGGUGCGCCUUACAGCAGAAUUAAUUGAUCAAUGUGCACAGUAUACAAACCCAAUUCGUGACCGUGAACUGGAUUUGAGAGGCUAUAGAAUUCCAGUUAUUGAAAAUCUUGGUGCAACAUUAGAUCAGUUUGAUACAAUUGACUUCUCAGACAAUGAUGUCAGGAAAUUAGAUGGGUUUCCUCUUCUUAAGAGAUUGAAAUCAUUACUUUUCAACAAUAACAGAGUAGUUCGUAUUGGUGAUGCUUUAGAAGAAAGCCUGCCAAAUUUGGAGUCUCUGAUCCUGACAAACAAUGGCAUGCAAGAACUUGGGGAUCUCGAUCCACUGGGCACUGUGCAGUCUCUUCGACAUUUAAGUUUGUUACGUAAUCCAGUGACGGCCAAAAAGCACUACAGGUUAUAUGUUAUUCACAAGUGUCCAUUUCUCAGAGUUUUAGAUUUCCAGCGGAUCAAACAGAAGGAGCGAGAGGCAGCUGCAAAGUCAUUUAAGGGUAAAAAAGGUCAACAGCUGGCUCAGGAUAUUGGAAAGAAGAGCAAGACAUUUGUUCCAGGAGAAAAUUUACCUGUGAAAAGACCGGCCGCACCCACUGGUCCAUCAAGAGAGGACAUCGAAUCCAUUAAGAAAGCGAUAGCAAAUGCAAAGACUCUUGAAGAAGUGGAGAGACUGAACAUGAUGUUGAAGACUGGACAAGUACCUGGAAGUGCUGCAGCGUCUGCUAAGAAGACAAAAGUUGAGAAGGAGCCAGAAGUAGAGGAGGAGGAGGAGGAAGAAGAGAUGGAACCAUGAUUUGUCCGUGGUCAAAUCUGAGAUCAUCAUCGUCAUCUGUAUAUAGAUAUAUCAUUUAAAAUUUCAUGUCAACUUUGUUUCAGAGUCAAGCAAGCAUUACAGUCAUACAUCUGCAAUACUGGAUCAAGCUGUUAUGGCCAUUUGACUUGGGGGGGGGAGCUUUGAAGUAGUGGACUACUAUUCAUGUAGUUUUUAAAAUCUUUCUCCUGGUACAGUUAUCUCCCUUGUUCUUUCUGACGUAUCUCCCAAUGUUUGUUAUCUUUUAUUCCAACCAGUGGUCCACAACUGGAAUGUUAAUUGCUUUAAUUGUUAUAGAAGGGUUCUGGUACAAUUUGUUACCAUGGGGAAAAUGGUGGAAUUUCAGAAAUCUAAUCUCUAAGUCUGGAAAAAGUCCUGAAAUUCUGCCUUUCUAUGAAGAUGUAAUGUGAGGGAGGGGGUGUCUUGAAUUUUGUAUUCCUUAAAAAUAAAUUAUUUCUCUCAUAAAUUUGAUUAAGAAUGAGUUUUAAUGUUACAUAUAUCUACUAGUCUUAGGACCACUUAAUGUACAGUUUCUAAAUAUUAGUCAAAACUUAAAUACCUGCAUGAAGCAUCGAUCGGAGUUGUCAAGUUGGAAAUUUUUAAAAGAAAAUUAUUGCCGGAAUAUUACCUCGUUGGAAUUAUCACAGAGAUGAAUAGUCCUAAAAUAAUACCUUUAAUAAUUUCUAAAAGCUACUUUUCCCCCAAGUCGAAUGGUUCCUCAUGUUAGUAUUUGUAUCAGGUAGUUGCUGAUAAGAACAUUUGUUAUGAGAAGCAUUUAAAAAAAAAAAAGGUUAAUCAUGUCUCGAAAUAUUCAUGUUGAACUGCACAAUAUUGGCUGUAAUUCUGUUUCAUGUACUAUGAUGGUGCUAGCAUUAACAGAAUAAAUUUGAUUCAUGUAUUUCCGCUAUAGAUCAGAUAUAUAGCUGAUAAGCACAGACGACUUUUACUGCAUAUGCAAAUAUCAGUUUUGUAAACAUUGCUAAACAUUGGUACAGGAAAACCCAGCGACAUGUUUAUAAUAAAACUGAUGGAAAUUGUUGAUGUUGGCAAUAAAAGGUUGAGAAGCUUA